GGGGAAGAAAGGAGACAGAGGAGAGGAUCGGGUGAGACAAGGUGGCGAGGAGUGAAAGGGAGGAGAAGGGGAGCAGUGGGGCGUGUGGACCAAAGAGAACAAAGACAAAAAAAAGAGAUAGCAGAGCAUGUCUAUUUAAAGGAAACAGAGACUGUACAGGUCUGCUGUCUUGAUAUUCCCGACUGACAGCAUCAUCGAAUUUGGACCAGAGAGUCUAACUCCUCCUUUUCUCUCAUCUCUCAUUGCAAGGUUGUUUUUUUUUAGCUUGCAGGUGUGAAGUGGAGGGCCUCUCAAACACAUACCCAAGACUGGCUGCAUGUAUCACCCAGCAGAGCUCUACUCUGGCCGUAAUACAUGGGACUCCUACCCGGCUGGAGGACCUAACAGAGGACAAUGGGCUCCUGUAAACAGUCGGCCCUGGAACAACACACAAAGAUGCCAAGAAGGGCGCAAUCAAUCACAUCACCCACAAUCAAGUCGUCUUUAUAAUAGGGGGGAGAGAACCGUCAACCAUGUCCAGGACAAGAGUAUUUCUAAGGGGCACAGACAGCCUUUACGUAUUUGGGAUGGUAAAGAGCAGCCGUUUGAGGCCCAGAGCUGGCAUCACAACUCCACACGCUCAUUCCACAACCGAGCUGGCAACAACAACAGUUAUCUAACAGGACCGGGAGAGCGCUACACAAACUGGGACAACAAUGUCAGCAACUCUCUGCAUGGUGGUCCUCGCCUGCAUCGCAACAACAGAGAACUCCAGUCCACACCAGAGAGAUGGGCCCCCUCAGACUGCCGCAGGAGCUUCGCAGGCGGAAUGAUGAACAACAGACCAGGAUUCUGGAAACGACCUGCGCUCCACCAGCGGCGAGACCAACUCCACCAGCACAGUCCACUCCCACAGCACCCUUUAUCCCCGAGGGAAGAGUGUCCAGCCAAGAGGAGAAGGGACUCUACCCCUGAUCAGCCAUCCCAUCCUGGAUCAAGGCAUUUACUUUUACCUGCCCAUGCUCCAUCACCACCUCGCCACCACCGCUCCAACCAAGAUGACUGGAAGCCUCUUCAUGACAAGGAAACCUCUAAACCACGAGCUGGAGGACAUGGCUUCUGUAACAGUAACCCAACAGUUCAAAACCAUAAUUGUGGCAGCAGACCACAUCAUGGAAACAGAGGGAAGGAUGACCGCAAAAUCGUGUCUUCACCAGCAGACCACACCCGUGUGCCUUACAGCCACCAAAACCAUCAUUACCACUAUCAACGGCACACUGGCCACCCCAGAGCCCCACAGCACAACUCCCCGCUUCACCCUCUAGAGGAAAAGGACUCCUGGAGCCAUCAUUACAAACAAAGCACAGAACCUCAGCGUAUUCAUCCAAGGGGCAAUUCAAGGGAUUCAGUCAUUUCCAGGUCUUCUGGUGCAGACUCUCCUCCAUAUUCAUCUAUCCUCUGUGGUCCUAAAGAUGGAGGUUCUACUGCCAGCAGUCCACGUGCUCCCUCCAGUCCCUCUCCAUACACAGCAGCCAGUGGCAGAAAAGAUCCAUCAAACAUUCAUCAGUGUAGUCCUGGCCUCAGUGGGCAGCCGAAACUCCAGGGAAGUCCCCAUCACACCCCGAGAUCUAGCCUGACAUCUAGCACGUAUCUUACAUCUCAUGCCUGUCCGAAAUCAAGGUUUUCAGACAUCAAAUACAGAAAGACCUCACAGCCUCUCUGCUCACGACAGUCCCCCCACAGCAGAUCCAGAGCAAACAAGCCUGAGAAGGAGUCAGAAGAACACAAAAAACCUGAGUGCAAACAAAAAGAGAAGCUGGUGAAAAAGGAGAGAAAAGGUGAAGUCCAAAAGACAAAUAGAAAGGGUGAAGAAAGAAAAAGGAGGAAGAAAAAAGAGGAAAAGAGGUUAGGCGAGAGAAAAAAGAAAAGGGAUAAAACAGGAAAGAAGGAAAGAAAAUUAGGCUUGAAAACCCAGAUCACUGAAAAGGAAAUGUUUACUUCCAUUGUUACUUUCAACUCUUCAGGACAGGUCAAAAUGACUCAGACCCCAGAUAAUCAAGGCCAGACAACACCCAGCCCAACCAGACACAAGCACAGGGAGAGGAGUGAACGUGCAGAGAGGUCAUCACACAGACCAUCCAUAAAUACUCAAAAUACUCCAGAGAAUCAUAGCACCCCAGGUCGAGCUCUUCAUCCUAGUUGUACUUCACCUCACCCGUCCUCAAAAUCUGAAAAUCGCAAAACAUACAAAAAGAUUGUCAGUCCUCCAAAACUCUGUGUCAAGGAGCAACUAAUACAGUCUCAUCCCACGAACACCAACUCCAAAAAGACCAGCAAGAAGCCCACCAUCGUCUCAUCCCAAUCAAGUGACAGACUGAAUACAAAGCCUGACGACACGCUCCCUUCCCUUUUAUUUAAAGCCUUAGCACCUCUCAGUACAGCAUGUUCCAUUAGCGUCGAGCAGCCCAUGCAUGGUAAAGAAAGCAGGUACGGAGGGAUUCUCAACGCCCCUGACCUGCAGCCUGUGGCCGUGAUGGGAAAUCUGAGGGAAAUUGGAGACAACCUUGCAAACACUCCUCCUGUACUCAGCUGGCAGGGCUCUCCAGUAUCAGUUCUGGGUGAAGAUGAGGAUGAGCUUGAAAAGGGAGUAAUAAGUAGACCUGUCCUUCAGCCUAGCCCCACCCAGUGCUUUUCUCCUCCUCCUGUUGACAGCGAGAUCAUUGAUGAGAUGAAUAAGGAGCCUUGUGAAAGCACGCUGGCUGAUUAUUCUCACAAUAAUACACCGGAACUCUGCGAUCUACCAGCUAAUCAAGUUAUUAAGAAAGAAAAGGAGGAAGACAAGGAGGAAGACAGCAGUGGGGAAACUUCCAGCUCUCUUCUUAAUGAGCUUCGCCACCAUAAAACAGGAUUGGAUGAUGUCUUCAAGAGCCUGGCCACCUUCCUUGGUGGCCAGAGGGUCCCAUGUAGAGGCGGACCAUUUGGGGGGCGUCCUGCUAGCACCGCAAGUGGGGUUAAGUUCUCCUCUUCUCUUGAACUGGGGCCAGACAUCCAAUGUCAGGAGCACCAGGAUUUCUCCCCCGAAUCAGAUCUCACUGCAUCCCCCAAACCCGGUAAUCUAUCACCAACUCACACUACCUCAGAUACACUUUUUAAAUCCCAUAGUCAGACAGAUCUGUGUGAUCCUGUCACAGUUGCACUGGUGCAGGAGAAGCAGGAAGAUACUGAGAGUGAUGUAGAAGGUAAACCAGAUGUUAAGGAUACAGAGAUCCUCCCCGAGAGAGCAGAAUCAUCUCUUUUGGACGAGUCUCUAAGUGCAGAGCUGAGACUGACCACUACACAUGCAGCCUCAUUCACCGGCCUCCUCACCGUCUCCACCAAGGAUGAGAGGGCAAACAGCAAAGAGACAGUACACAUCGUCACAGCCAGAAAAAGAAAACAAAAGAACAGGGAUGGAGAAAGAGAGGAAGAGAUCAAGAUUAAGAUAAAGAAAGAAGAAAGCAGCAUCUCCUGUCUUAAAAACAAAGCAAAUGAAAUAAGGGAUUCAGAAGAAAGGGAUGCAUGUAAAACGGCUGUUUCAUCCUCAGUGCCAGUCAUUUCCAGAAACUCACCGAAACCUCUCAAAGACAGUACAAAGGGCCACAUUCCUCAGAAAAAUCAAACCCUGCAUGACAAAGAUGCGCAGAGAGAAAAAGCAGACACUGGGAUCUCUGAGGUAAAGAUUGUAACUGAGACAAAGGAAGAAGCCAGUGAAUUAGAAAAUACAAUAUCCUCCACAGCUGGAAACACAGAGACCAAGACUUCAAGCCCAGCGUCAACAAUCAAUACAUCAAAACUAUGUAUCUCCACGCCAGCAAGUAAACCCUGCUCAGUUGACCCAUUGAAACUAAAAGCUUUGUCAAUGGGCUUGUCUAAAGAGCUUAAGAUCCUCUUGAUUAAGGUGGAGAGCGCUGGUCGACAAACAUUCAACAUAUCAGAGGUGGAAGAGCAAAGAAUCCCGCUUUCCAAGAUCAGCAUCCUAAACACCGGCGCUGAAGUGAUUAGAGCCUGCAAGGGGACAAGGGUGAAGGGGAAAUUCAAGGAGUCGUACCUGCUUCCUGCCCUUUCAGUCAAACCUCACAUUAACAUAGAUACGCCCAUUCCACGAGAAAAGCUUAACCCUCCCACUCCAAGCAUCUAUUUGGAGAGCAAGAGAGACGCUUUCUCUCCAGUUCUGCUUCAGUUCUGCACUGAUCCCAAAAAUGCCGUUACUGUCAUCAGAGGCCUUGCUGGCUCCCUCCGCCUUAACCUCGGCCUGUUUUCUACCAAAUCUCUGGUGGAGGCCAAUGCGGAGCAUGCCGUGGAAGUGAGGACUCAGGUUCAGCAGCCUGCUGAUGAGAACUGGGAUACCAGUGGUGCCAUACAGACGUGGCCCUGCGAGAGCAGCCGCUCACACACCACUAUUGCCAAAUACGCCCAGUACCAGGCGUCAAGCUUCCAGGAGAGUCUGCAGGAAGAGAAGGAGAGCGAGAAUGAAGACGAAGGAGAGCAAGCCAAGCCCCGAGACUCAUCAGCCACCUCUAAAGCAGGUCUCACAUUAGCCAACAGUAAAGGCAGUUCCGCCACAACUACCAUUAAAGCCAAUUCCGCUCUCGUCUUCAGCAAAGCCCAAUCUCUUCAAGCCACCAGCCCCGCCAGCUCAGAGUCAAAAACCGCUGGAAAGAUAAUCAAAUUUGGGACCAACAUUGAUCUCUCAGACCCUAAAAGGUGGAAGCCACAGCUACAGGAGCUGCUGAAGCUGCCAGCUUUCAUGCGUGUGGAGUCGAGUAACAACAUGCUCAGUCACGUCGGUCAUACCAUCCUGGGCAUGAACACUGUCCAGCUCUACAUGAAGGUGCCAGGCAGCCGCACACCAGGUCACCAAGAGAACAACAAUUUCUGCUCCGUCAACAUCAAUAUCGGGCCAGGCGACUGCGAGUGGUUUGCUGUCCAUGAGCACUACUGGGAAUUUAUCAACAAAUUCUGUGAGAAGCAUGGAGUAGACUACCUGACAGGGUCCUGGUGGCCAGUCCUUGAAGACCUUUACAGUGCCAACAUUCCUGUUUACCGCUUCAUUCAGAGGCCAGGCGACCUGGUGUGGAUUAAUGCAGGGACUGUACACUGGGUCCAGGCUGUGGGUUGGUGCAACAACAUCGCCUGGAAUGUGGGACCUCUCAACUCGUACCAAUAUCAACUCGCCCUGGAGCGCUAUGAGUGGAACGAGGUGAAGAAGGUUAAGUCAAUCGUUCCCAUGAUCCAUGUUUCCUGGAAUGUGGCCCGCACGAUCAAGAUAACCAACCAGGAUACCUUCAAGAUGAUCAAACACUGCCUGUUGCAGUCCAUCAAGCACAUCCAGAUUCUGAGAGACCAGCUGGUUGCCGCGGGGAAGAAGAUCUGUUACCAGAGUCGUGUGAAGGACGAGCCAGCCUACUACUGCAACGAGUGUGACGUGGAGGUGUUUGAUGUGCUGUUUGUGACCAGUGAGAACAACAGUAAGAAGUCCUACGUGGUGCACUGUGAGGACUGCGCCAGAGCCAACAGCCCAUCGCUGGUGGGAGUAGUGGUGCUGGAACAGUAUCGCAUAGAGGAGCUGAUGAGAAUUUACGACAGCUUCACACUGGCUCCAUCACCAUUAUCAAAGUGAGGACUCCUCCCUGGUGUCUUUCAGCCAUAACCAAAACUCUAAUGGCAGCACAAAUGUUGUCUUCAAGGCAGUCUAUUCCUGGAAACACUUUCUGAAUCAGCCAAUCACGUUUACUCAGUAUUGUUUACAUCACACAAUAAGGUAUGGAUACUCAGCCAAUCCAACUCUCGCUCACUGUCUUCCCCAUACCAGCUGCUGAUUGGACUUGUGUUUUGAAAUAGAAUGACUAGACUGGUACUUUUCAUGAAAAAGCAUUUCAGAUAUUUAAACUAAAAAAAAUGUGAGCACUGCUAGCACUGAAAAAUCAGGUUAUAUGUUCAACGGACACUGCUGUGAUUCAAAAGCGUCAAGUAGCCGGUUUUGUGUAUUGAUUCAGGUACUUUUAUGCAAAUUCAGUAGAACUUUUUUUACACCAAUCUAGUUAUUCUAUAUGUCCAUGAAUUUGCUGUGAUUCUAUUGUACCAGCGGGGGAAUCGCUUCACAGGAGAAGUAGCUGAUUGUCACAUUUGGCAUUGUAUUGGUUCCUGUUUUUGUUUUGGUAUUCAGGUAAAAACUCUGACAUUUGUCAUUCCUGUCUGUAAAUUCUUUGAGGUGCUAUUCCAAGCUUAUUUAUUCUCGUUAGAUACUUCAAAAAUUUUUACCAGCCUAGAAGUACACCACAUUGGCCUUGUGAACUGUAUUUAGAGGAGAUGUAAUUAGAGGAUUAAACACACACAAAUAAGGUUUUAUGUAAGUAUAGAAA